AUGGCUACCAAGAUAUUUGCCCUCCUUGCGCUCCUUGCUCUUUCAAUGAGCGCUGCAGCCGCAGUCAUUAUUCCACAAUGCUCACUUGCUCCUAAUGCUGUUAUUCCACAGUUUCUCCCACCAGUUAGUUCUAUGGGCUUCGAACACCCAGCUGUCCAGGCCUAUAGGCUACAGCAGGCGCUUGCGGCGAGCAUCUUACAACAACCAAUUGCCCAGUUGCAACAGCAAUCCUUGGACCAUCUAUCCGUACAGACCAUUGUAGCGCAACAGAAGCAACAAUUCCUGCCGGCACUCAAUCAACUAGCCGUGGCGAACCCUGCCGCCUACUUGCAACAGCAGCUGCUUGCAUCCAACCCACUGGUUGUGGCAAACACUGCUGCGUACCAGCAACAACAACGGCUGCAACAAUUCCUGUCAGCGCUCAAUCAACUAGCCGUGGCGAACCCUGCCGCCUACCUGCAACAGCAGCAGUUGCUUCCAUCCAACCCACUAGUUGCGGCCAACGCUGAUGCAUACCUGCAACAACAACAACUGCAACAGAUCCUACCAGAGCUCAGUCAUCUAGCCGUGGCGAACCCUGCCGCCUACUUGCAACAGCAACAUCUGCUUCCAUUCAACCAACUAGCUGUGGCGAACACCGCUGCAUACCUGCAGCAACAGCAGCUAGUGUCAGUAAACCCACUGGCAGUUGCUAACCCAUUGGUUGCCGCCUUCUUGCAGCAACAACAGUUGUUGCCAUUCAACUAG